UCUGCACGCCCCGCAAACCACGCCCCCUUUCUGACAAAGUCCCACCCAUCUUCUUCCAGACGCCUCCCCGUCACUGGGCCCUGGAGAAAUCGACGCGAAGGUGCUCGAAAAGACUUGAAAGACCCCGGUGAAGAUGGAACAGCAAAAGGAAGGGACUGGGUCAGAGGGGAACAACCUGCCGUCCCUGGGGACUGAGUCGUGGCCGCCUGCACCUUUCCCAGCCCUGUUCCCUUCUCUCCUGGGCACCCCAGAUCCAGCCCACCUGGGGCUCCCCGAGACCCUGGCCUCUGUCACUGUGCCCGUCCGUCUGGAUGCCCUCUCCUACCUCCUGCACAGCGCCCUGAUGGGAGCCUACACGCUUCAGCAGUCCUUGCCCUCCUGCCCCUGCGCCCCCAAUGCGUGCUGCACUCAGCCGGGCACCGCCAAGAGGCCGCCCAGGGGGCGCGGGGGCUGGGAUGUCCGACGCAGGCCGGGCCGGGGUCAGGGCCAGCGGCAGUGGGGACUUGGGAGGGCUGAGCAGGCAGAGAGGGGCUGGGUGGGGAGCCCUGGGGCUGGCCCCAGGACCCCCCCGGUGACGCUGCCAUCACCAACACCACCGGCCCAGGAUGGGAAGAAGGACACCCAGGGUCCGGAGCCGCCCCUGGAGACGCCGCCUGCUGAGGACUGGGAGGCCGAGUACUAGGGCCCCGAGGACCCUGCACCCUGGACUCCGGAGGGCGCCCUGGAGGGUCACCAGGAGGGUGUUCCUGGAGCCCAGGGUGGCCUCAGCCCUGCCAGAGACACCCAAGAAACAUCCUGCUCCCAUCCCUCUUCCUCCCAAACCACAGCCUCAGCAGGGGGUCCUGCGAGUCGCCUGGUGAAACCCAGACCUGACAUAGGAUCCCAAGCCAGGGAGACAGCCCCGAACCUCAAGCCCAAACCCAAGCCUCUUCCCAUUCCUGACACUGUGCCCAACUACAGCGACAACGCUCACCUCACUCUCGAUGCCCAGGGCUCCUCCAGCCGUGCCCAGGCCCAGCCCUGACCCCAAAGCCAUUCCCACCUGCCUCUGCCAACCCCAUCCCCUGGCCGCACUGAGGCCCACAUCCCCCAGCCGCUCACCCCCAUUCCAUUCUCCGUCUCUGCCCUGACCCAUCCUCAUUCCCAGCUCCCUCAUCCCCAUCCCCAUCUGCCUAAAGGCCAGCCAACCCUCAUCCUUGAUUUCUCCUGCCUCCAGCCCAUCUUCAACCCCGGCCAGCCCCGCCUCGUCUUCAACCUCCUUUCUGUCCCAGCCCCAAAGGUGACAUGCCCUGUGACCCCACUUGCGAAGAACCCCAUUGGCCCAACAUACCCAGAGCCCUGCAGCCCCACCCCAUUUCCUGCCUGUGGGGGAGGGGCCGGGCUGAACAAUAAACGGCUCGGUGUCCCCAUGUCUUGCGUCUGCGUGUGCUUACACAGCUUGGGCUAACCCCGAGGGUGCCGUGGAACGAGGCCUGUGAAAGGGUGCUAGCGUGGCUGGGAGGGUCACAGAGAGAGGCCGGUGGGACCAGGGGCUGCAGGGAGGGAGGGCCUGGAUUCCUGCUUCAGCGAAUUCCAUCUGGGGCGUCUGCCACCACUGCACUUCUGCCUGCUGGAAGCUGCUGGGCCAUGGGGCCAUUGUAUGGGGAGGCUUAAGGGAUUUGGGAGACCCUGGGAGCAGAGAGGCCAGCGGCCUGACUGGGCUCAGUCUGCACAGAGGGGCCGAGGCAGACGGAGGGUUCAGGGCAGGCUCUGCCCCUCAGGUAGGGACCAGGCGUGGGAGCCAUGGGCCCCUCCUCCCCCUAAACCUAGGCGGCCAGGCCUCCCUUCUCUCGCAGGGACUUG